GUCAACGAUAUCGACCGGAGUUCAUGUAUGUUUACGUCUGUUGUCAGGUAUUGAAUACACGAUACUACGGUGUCGUGUUUAACAGUUAUACGGACACAAUGUCCUGAGUGUGACGAUUUUACAGAUUAUCUUACUUCUACGUUGAAACAAGACUAAUUUUGGGCUGGAAAUUCGAAUUUUGCCCAAAAUUCCCUGCGGACAGACACCGCUGUCGUCCGUUUCUCUAAAUGUAAGACCUGGACUUCAUUUACAGUAGGAUCGACGUCUGUCUGGUGAUACAUUAAAGUCAUGGCAUCCACUGGAAAAAAAUCACCAUCUGUCAGUUGGCUUGAUAUGAUUGAUGAAAAUAAAAGAGAAACACAACUGACACCAGAAGAGGAAGCCCAGCUGAUAGCUGAUUAUACUAAGGAAAAAGUAGAAAAGGGAUUUAGAUUUCUGAAACCAAGUUCCAGAUGUUCGCAUACACAUCACAGUGGUGAUGGUGGAGAAUCAAUAAAGACAUCACCAAAGAGAAUACGAAGACUUGUAAGAAAAGAACAAACUAACACCUUAGAUGAACCAGUCAAACCUCCUUUGAUUAAUAUUGAAUGUGCGAGUCCUAGAGAAGAAAAGAAGGAAGAUAAAAUAUUGGUCACACCAAAAUCAAUAUCAACCCAUGUCAGACCAUGGAGUAGUGGUGGGGAAAGGAGAAGAACAGACAAAAAGAAAUCACCGAAACAACGACCAAAGUCGGCUCACCCAGCAAGGGGUGAUGAACUAGUUAGACCAUGGUCUGUGACUGAACUUGUUGAUGAUAAAGCUUUAGUUUUGAAAGGGGAGACUCAAGUUGAUGAAACUAUAAGUCAAACAAUAGUACAAGAUGAUGAAUAUGUUCCUUCAUCUGAGGCUAAAUGGGUGUGGUCUCCUGACACCCCAUCAGAUUUACAAGAUGAAGAGUCUAAUUCAGAAGAAACAUCACCUGCAAGAAAAGUACAAUCAUUUCAGGAGUGGCUAGAGGGCCCAUCUGUUAAUGAUGAAGAUUAUGAUACAGAUUUGGAAGAUGAUUUUCCAAAACGAUAA